AUGGCAGUUGAGAAAGUCGAAGCUUAUCUCACCAGAAAGCAAAAUUCUGCUAAAGGACCAGUAGCUGACGACUGGAAGAAUCUCAAUGAUCAUUAUUCAAAGAAGCUCUGGCAUCAGCUCACUGUUUUGACUCGCGCUCUUGUCAAAAAGCCUGCCUUUGUCGCUGGCGUUGACAUGACAGAGUUUUAUGAUAACUUCGUCUCCGAGUGGGAGCUCCGUGCCAAUCCUCUCCAGCUUGUCGAAAUCUGUAUCCCAAUUUCAGAGAAUAUUGCGAUUAAGGAUAGACCGAAAUCUCUGGAAUUUUUGCAAGGACAAAGUCGCUAUUGCCCGUUUGCACACCGAGAAAUUGCAUCGCGAUUGGUCAGCAAGGAUGCAAACGGACAAAUUCCCGAUCUGAAAGAAAUUCGAGCUCAAAUCGAUUUCACACAAAAGGAAGUUGAUGCUCUCGUCGGAGUAACAGAAGUUCAUGCUCCAUUCUAUCGCGUAUCCGCCCUUUAUCUUCGCGAGAUUGGUGAUUUCGCUGGAUAUUACCGUGAGGCUUUGCGCUAUUUGGGAGUUGAAGAUGCCAAAAAUCUCAGUGCUGAAGAGAAACAGGUCCACGCAGUUCUUCUGGGAUUCGCAGCCCUUUUGGGGGAAAAUGUUCACAAUUUCGGAGAGCUUCUUGCUCAUCCGAUCAUCAAGGCACUCGAAGGAUCUCGCGAACAGUGGCUCGUUGAUGUUCUCCUCGCAUUCAACGCUGGAGAUUUGCCACGUUUCUUCUCACUGGAAAACAACUGGGGCAGCUGGGACGACAUGAAGAGAAAGAAGGACUUUUUGACAGCUAAAAUUCGUUUGAUGGCAAUUAUGGAAUUGGCCCUCGCUCGUCCAACAAAAGCAAGAAGUAUCUCAUUCAAAGAAAUCGCCUCAAAAUGUCAAAUUCCAUUCGAUGAAGUAGAAUUUUUGGUGAUGAAAGCGUUGAGCAAGGACCUGAUCCGAGGCGAUAUCAAUCAAGUUGAGCAAGUUGUGUACGUUUCGUGGGUGCAGCCAAGAGUUCUUGACAGUUCCCAAAUCUUGGCGAUGGCUUCUCGUAUUUCGGAAUGGAGGAAAGACGUUAACUUGAUGGAGGGAAUCGUCAGCAAAGAAGCUCGCGAAAUUCUCACACAGAACUGA